AUGAAAGCUUUUGCUUCGAAACAAGAGGAACGAAAAGAAAAGAAGAGAAAGAAGUUAUUAGCUUUGGCCAAAUUGGUUCAAAUGAACGACAAUGAUCGUAGCCAAGCGGCAGUUAAUCAUGCUGUAGCACAAAAUAGCGAAGAAACGCCUACUAAUGAUGAUGGCUUCGUAAAGGUAACACAUAAAAAGAAAAGUGCGAAAUUAGUGACUAAAAAGCAGAAAUGUGAUUUACUGGAUUCAGAUUUUUGUGGUGAGGACGAGCCUGAAACGAAACGUCUUAAACAUUCAAAAAAGCUUAACACUGAUAGAAGUGCCAGUAGUGAUACGAAUGAGGAAAACACUGAUGGAAGUGUCAAUCAUGAGUCGCAUAUGUCAUCAACGACGGAGUCGGGUGAAGAGCAGCAACGACUUGAACUGCAACUCACCGCAGAGCAGUAUAAAGAAUUGCGUCGUCAAUUGCGUCAACGUAAAAGAGAACUAGAAAAUGUUCCCAUUUUACGGUUGCGAGAAUUCGGACAGCGCGCAUCCUUAGAAAUUCCACAGGGACAGCGGACACCAAUAUUUCUUACAGACAUCCAGCACUUGCUAAUGUCGGCACUAAUCGGUAAAAAGUCACCAUGCUCUCCGGAUCGAUGGUGUUUCUUAGAAAAGCCAAUGAGCCUUUCCCACUGCGUAGUUUUAAUACUGGAAGGAUUGUCACUAUACCAUUAUCUUUCGAAUGAAAGUAAAUUUACUCAAACAAAUGAAAUAUUUCAGACUCGCUUAGAAGUUGUGUUACCUCCUUUGAAGGAGGGUUCUAUUGUGGAAGAAAUAGCUCAAGUACCACUCACCAAUGUACAAGCAUAUAAGCUGAUUGAAAAACAUGGUUCAUUGGAAUCGGCUGUAGAAAUGACAAAAGAUCCUACGUUGCUAGUUAAAGCAAUUUUUCCAGUCAAUGGUGAUUCAUAUAUGACAGAUAAAAGCAACCUGCCCGCCAGCGAUAAAUUUCCACGCACAAAGCUUUUACUUUCAGCGUUACAAAUGGUGGAUGAAGGUUAUCCAAUGCCAUUACGUGGCGAGCUAAGUAAUCGAUUUAAGGACUAUGUAUUUACUAAAGAAAAGUACGAACCUGUUACCGAUAGUAGCCCAAUGUUUGGUAUUGAUUGCGAAAUGUGUAAAACAGUGAUAGGUCAAAAUGAACUCACUCGUGUUUCAAUCGUAAAUGAGCAACUUGAAACUGUUUAUGAAACUUUAGUAAUGCCAACGAAUAAAAUUGUGGAUUAUCUUACUCCGUUCUCUGGAAUUACGCCCAGCAUUAUGAAAACCGUAACCAAAACUAUUAAAGACGUACAGCGUGAAGUACAGGAAUUAUUGCCUCCUGAUGCAAUUUUAGUAGGCCAAUCUUUAAACUUCGAUUUAAAUGCAAUGAAAAUGAUGCAUCCCUACGUGAUUGAUACAAGUAUGUGUUUUAAUUUGAGUGGUAUACGAAGGAGGAAAGCAAAGUUACAAACACUUGCAAUGACGUUCUUAAAAGAGGCUAUACAAGAAAAUGUUGACGGUCAUGAUUCUGUUGAGGAUUCUUUGGCUAGUUUAAAGUUAGUAAAGAUGAAACUGGCUAACAGCUUAGAAUAUGGCGACGAAAUACUAACUCAAAAGAAACGAUUACAUGAUAUUAUGCGUUUGGCUAGUGGUGAUACUUUUAGGAAUAAUCUCUUAGCAAACGGAAACCCAGACAAACGAACUGCAAUUAUUAUCAAUGGCACCCUACAUAAACAUAUUAAGGAAAUACUUACAAAAGCCGAAGAGAAAAAAAUGCAAGAGACAACCAAACAAGUUUGCUUUUACGAAUUGGACAGUAAUAAAAGUGCAAUCAAUAAGGCCCGUGAGAUUGCACUGGAACAUACACUAACAAUUACUAAUUUGCGAUUGAGUGGGCAAGAAUUUCAACUGGAAAAUGUGGAGAAAACUAUGACUAAACUUGAUAAAUGGAUAGGUAAAAUGUGGCGAACUGUAGCGCAUAAUGGAAUGUUUCUUGUUUUGAUGGGUGGUUCUAUGGAGUGUUCGAAUGGUGUUGCAAAAAUUGCUAUUAAAAAGAAUGAAGCAGGAGCCAAUAUUUCGCCGACAACUCCAAUAACGGUGUAGUAGAGGAAGAAUGCUUGAAUGAAGAAGUUUUAACGAAGGAUUAAAAAUCUGCGGAAAUUCAAUUGUAAAAUUUGAAAUCUAAGAAAUGAUUAAUCACAAGAAUGAUUAAAUGCAAUUAAUUAAAUAAAAUUACUUGAUAUUAAAAUAAUG